AUGCCUUUGGGGCACAGGUUGAGAGUGGAAAACCAGUUGUCACUGCAGAAGAUGACGGUGAGAACUCUGCUGGACAGACAGCGCUCUUCCUGUCCGCGCUCUUGGGCCACACUUCCGCUGUGCGCCUCCUAUUAGCCUUUGGCGCCAACCCCAACCAGUGACCGCUGCCUCGAUGGCAGCACACCCAUGCAUGCAGGUGCCUCCUCGGGCCGAGGCUUGGUGUUGUGGCACCUGCUGCAGGCAGGAGGUGACCUGCGUCUGCGUGACCAGCAGGGUCGCACACCACGAGACUGGGCUGAGCAGGGUGAUGCCAAGCAGAGCUGGGAGGUCCUGGAGCUGUUGCAAUGGUGCCGGACCCACAUGUCAGCACUGGUGCAGAGUGGGGAGUUGGCACCCAGUGUGUCCCUGAGUCAGUUGCAAGCUAGCACUGGACACAGCCUGUGUGGCUCCCAGCCCUCACUAAGGCUGGUCCAGGCAGACAGGGCACUGAGGCAAGGGCAGAUCAGGAGAUCCCCCAAAACCCCAGCGUUGGGAUUCGGCCAGCUGAACAGCCUGCAGCCACCAGCACUGAUAAUGGGCAUCCCAGUAGUAGACCCCAAGGAGCUGGUACCAACCCAGGGUGAGGCUGACCGCACCUAUGACAGCAGUUCUCAUACCGUCAUGGCCAACCUCCUGUGGAAGGGCCACCCGGUUACUGUACGGCAGCUGAAGAGCCCUGAAUCCAGCCCUGAUGUGCUACUGGCUGACCUUCAGCACUGCAGGUUACCGGUCCCAGCUGACCUCCGACUCCAGGCCUGCUCUGUUCCCUCCCAGCGUCCUGCACCACCCCGGCCUGCUGUUGCUGAUGGCUCUGAGCCCCUCAGAUGACCUGUCCAGAUUGAGUCUGCUCUUCGAGCCGGUGUGGCUGGGCUCCCUUUACUUCCUGUGUUGGAGGCCCUGUUGUUCCUGCAGUCCCGCUGCUGGGCCCAUGGUGGCCUGACUUCCCAUGCUGUGCAGCUAGUGAGGCCAGGCCUGGCUAAGGUGAGCCACCUAGAACACGGGUGUCCACUGCACCAGCCCAGGCUGCAGCCCAGGCUGCAACAAGACUGCCCCCAGAGAGACCCAAAUCCAGGGCUGCCCCCACCCCCUGAACUAUACCCAUGGCUACCACUUGAGCUGAUCCGUGGUGACAUGCCAGCCACUACCUCAGACCUCUACAGCUUCUGCAUCCUGGCCCAGGAGGUCUUCACUGGAGAGUUGCCCUGGGCUGGAGGAGAGGGGCCUGAGGUGAAGGCUAAACUGGAGGCAGGUCAGAGUCCGGGCCUGGACCCCUUGCUGCCAGCCCCCUACCAGGCCUUGGUUCAAGCUGGACUGGGUCUAGAGCCUGCUGACCGCUGGGGCAGCCUGCAGAGCACUCGGUACCUGCUGCGAAAGGCUGUGGCCAAGGACCCAGCAGCCAAGGUCAGCUCCCCACUAGAGUGGACAACACUGUCUCCUGUAACCCUAGGUUCCCUGCCAGAGCAUCUGUACUGUGAAGGAGCUCCCAGAGCCAGGGCCAAGGCCAGAUCCAAGAUUGUGUUCCCUUUCCCAGACCCUUCUCAGAAACCUGAUCUUGAGGACCGUGAGCUGACAGAAGGCAGUCUCUUCUCCAGCCUACAGGAGUGA